AGUCUUGCAAAGAGGUGUAAUGGGGAUGCAGGGCGCCCCCUCGCGCUCUGCGGAGCUCCUCGGGGCUGGCGGGUGAAGCGCCAGCAGUUGCAGGUCCUCUCCAUCCCCCUCCUCCUUUUCUCUCUCGCUCCCUCCUGCUCUCCUCUGGCUCCCAACUCCUCCCCCACUGCCUCCCCCUCCCCUUCUGCUCCCUCGUUCUCCUCCUCCCAGCUCUCUCCGGCGCGCGGGGUCUGGAGCUAGUUGGAGCGCGGGGGUUGGUGCUGGAGCCCAGCUCCGCCGAGCCCGGCGGGUCGGCCGCGCAUCCAGCGGCUGUUGGAGCAUCAGGAGCGCAGCGGACCCAACCAGAGUCGGGGACCGCGACCCGGGAUUGCGACCGAGCACUAAGCCCAUAUCCGGAAUCCUUCUUGUUCGGCUGCCCCAUUCCUAGACGGGCCGCCAGCGCUCAGGUUGGUCGCUGUGGUCUGCACCUCCCGAAGCCAACGGCCGCUGGGAACCCAGCACCUGCGCGUGCUGCCGGGAGGUCUUCCCCCUGGCCUGCCUCCAGGAGCUGGGACCGCGGAGGGGCCCACCAUGGUUGUCCCAGGACCCCUGGCUUUCUCACUGUUGCUGCCCAGCCUGACCCUGCUGGUGUCCCACCUCUCCAGCUCCCACGACAUCUCCAGUGAAUUGAGCAGUGAACAGCAGCUGUGCACCCGGAGGGAGCACCCCAUUGUGGCCUUUGAAGAUCUGAAGCCCUGGGUCUCCAACUUCACCUACCCUGAAGUCCGCGAUUUCUCCCAGCUUGCUCUUGACCCCCCCAGGAACCAGCUCAUCGUGGGAGCUAGGAACUACCUCUUCAGGCUCAGCCUUGCCAAUGUUUCCCUCCUUCAGGCUACAGAGUGGGCCUCCAAUGAGGACACACGCCGCUCCUGCCAGAGCAAAGGGAAGACUGAGGAGGAGUGUCAGAACUAUGUGCGAGUCCUGAUUGUUUCCGGCCGGAAGGUGUUCAUGUGUGGCACCAAUGCCUUUUCCCCAGUGUGCUCCAGCAGACAGGUGGGGAACCUCAGCCGGACUAUUGAGAAGAUCAACGGUGUGGCCCGCUGCCCCUAUGACCCACGCCAUAACUCUACAGCCGUCAUCUCCUCCCAGGGAGAACUCUAUGCAGCCACCGUCAUCGACUUCUCAGGUCGGGACCCAGCCAUCUACCGCAGCCUGGGCAGUGGGCCACCACUUCGCACUGCCCAAUAUAACUCCAAAUGGCUCAAUGAGCCAAAUUUCGUGGCCGCCUUUGACAUUGGGCUGUUUGCAUAUUUCUUCCUUCGGGAGAAUGCGGUAGAACAUGACUGCGGGCGCACUGUGUACUCUCGGGUGGCCCGAGUGUGCAAGAACGAUGUAGGGGGCCGCUUCCUGCUGGAGGACACGUGGACCACGUUCAUGAAGGCCCGGCUCAACUGCUCCCGCCCAGGAGAGGUCCCUUUCUACUAUAAUGAGCUGCAGAGUGCCUUCCAUCUGCCGGAGCAGGAUCUCAUCUACGGCGUCUUCACCACUAACGUAAACAGCAUCGCAGCUUCUGCCGUCUGCGCCUUCAACCUCAGUGCCAUCUCCAGGGCUUUCAACGGCCCAUUUCGUUACCAGGAGAACCCCAGGGCUGCCUGGCUUCCUAUUGCCAACCCCAUCCCCAAUUUCCAGUGCGGCACCCUGCCAGAGACUGGCCCCAACGAGAACCUCACGGAGCGCAGCCUGCAGGACGCACAGCGGCUCUUCUUGAUGAGCGAAGCCGUGCAGCCGGUGACCCCAGAGCCUUGUGUCACCCAGGACAGCGUCCGCUUCUCACAUCUAGUGGUGGACCUUGUACAAGCCAAGGACACGCUCUACCACGUACUCUACAUAGGCACGGAGUCCGGCACCAUCCUGAAGGCGCUGUCCACCGCCAGCCGCAGCCUGAGGGGCUGCUACCUGGAGGAGUUGCACGUGCUGCCCCCGGGGCGCCUUGAACCUCUGCGGAGCCUGCGAAUCUUGCACAGUGCGCGUGCGCUCUUCGUGGGAUUGAGCGACCGGGUGCUGCGGGUUCCGCUGGAGAGGUGCUCUGUCUACCGUAGCCAAGGGGCAUGCCUGGGAGCACGGGACCCGUACUGCGGCUGGGAUGGGAAGAGGCAACAUUGCGGCACGCUUGAGGACAGUUCCAACAUGAGCCUGUGGACCCAGAACAUCACAACCUGUCCUGUACGGAACAUGACACGGGAUGGGGGCUUUGGCCCAUGGUCACCAUGGAAACCGUGUGAGCAUUUAGAUGGAGACAACUCGGGUUCUUGCCUGUGCCGGGCCAGAUCCUGUGACUCCCCAAGGCCUCGCUGUGGGGGCCUCGAAUGCCAGGGGCCUGCCACUCAUGUCGCCAAUUGUUCCAGGAAUGGGGCGUGGACCGCCUGGUCAUCGUGGGCACAGUGCAGCACGUCCUGUGGGAUCGGCUUCCAGGUUCGUCAGAGAAGUUGCAGCAACCCGGCGCCCCGCCACGGGGGCCGCAUCUGCGUGGGCAAGAGUCGAGAGGAGAGAUUCUGUAAUGAAAACACGCCUUGCCCAGUGCCAAUCUUCUGGGCUUCCUGGGGCUCUUGGAGCAAGUGCAGCAGCAACUGUGGAGGCGGCGUGCAGUCGCGCCUUCGGUCCUGCGAGAAUGGCAACUCCUGCCCGGGCUGCGGUGUGGAGUUCAAGACGUGCAACCCAGAGGCUUGCCCGGAAGUGCGACGUAACACACCCUGGACGCCCUGGCUGCCUGUGAACGUGACCCAGGGUGGCGCGCGCCAAGAGCAGCGCUUCCGCUUCACCUGCCGAGCGCCUCUGCCAGACCCGCAUGGUCUGCAGUUUGGCAAGAGGAGGACAGAGACCAGGACCUGCCCUGCAGAUGGCACCGGAGCCUGUGACACCGACGCCCUGGUGGAGGAUCUCCUGCGCAGCGGGAGCAUGUCCCCACACUCUCUGAACGGAGGCUGGGCCACCUGGGGCCCAUGGUCAUCCUGCUCCCGGGAUUGCGAACUGGGCUUCCGCGUCCGCAAGAGAACAUGUACCAAUCCGGAGCCCCGCAACGGGGGCAUGCCCUGCGUGGGAGAUGCCGCAGAGUACCAAGACUGCAACCCACAGGCUUGUCCAGUGCGGGGUGCCUGGUCCUGCUGGACUGCAUGGUCCCAGUGCUCAGCAUCCUGCGGUGGUGGCCACUAUCAACGCACCCGUUCCUGCACCAGCCCUGCACCGUCCCCAGGUGAGGACAUCUGUCUCGGACUGCACACGGAGGAGGCACUAUGUGCUACACAGGCCUGCCCAGAAGGUUGGUCACUGUGGUCUGAGUGGGGUGUCUGCACUGAGGAUGGAGCCCAGAGCCGGAGCCGGAGCUGUGAGGAGCUGGUCCCAGGGCCAGGUACCUGCCCUGGUAAUAGCAGCCAGAGCCGGCCCUGUCCCUACGGCGAGAUUCCCGUCAUCCUGCCUGCUUCCAGUGUGGAGGAGACCACUGGCUGUGGAGGGUUCAGUCUCAUCCACCUGGUGGUCACUGGUGUGUCCUGCUUCCUGGGCUCUGGCCUCUUGACCUUGGCCGUGUACCUGUCUUGCCAGCACUGCCAGCGUCAGUCUCAGGAGUCCACGCUUGUCCAUCCUGCCACCCCUAACCACUUGCACUACAAGGGUGGGGGCACUCCCAAGAAUGAGAAGUACACUCCCAUGGAAUUCAAGACACUGAACAAGAAUAACUUGAUCCCUGAUGACAGAGCUAACUUCUACCCAUUGCAGCAGACCAAUGUGUACACAACCACCUACUACCCCAGCCCACUGAACAAGCCCAGCUUCCGGCCCGAGACCUCACCUGGACAGCGCUGUUUCCCCAACAGCUGAUUCCAUCCUCCUGGACCUCGGGCUCCUUGCCUUCCCAAGGCACAGAACAGUGGAAUGGGACAGUAGAGCCACUUUGGUUUUCCCUCUGCACUGGGCCGAGAACUUGCUGCCUGGCCUAUGUGUGUGUGUGGGGUCCCAUCUGGCUUCAGAAAGCUCUGGCUGUCACUGACCAUGGGAGAGAGGGCUGGCUUUAGGCUGGCACAUGGAUGCGGAUCCAGCUCAGCCCAGGCCUCAUGGUCUCCUGUGACCCACCAUCAC